UUCAACGAUCGCCUGGCCAAAUCGAACAAGCCACUUGCCACAUUUCAACCAAAACACAGACACACACAAAUUUGCACAAUGGCCGUGGAGGGUCAGAGAUUUAUGACCAAGACACAGCACUAUCGCAAGGUCACCAAGCCGCUGCUGGAGCGCAAGCGGCGUGCCCGCAUGAAUCUCUACUUGGACGAGCUGAAAGAUCUGAUUGUGGAUACAAUGGACGCGCAGGGGGAGCAGGUCAGCAAGCUGGAGAAGGCCGACAUACUCGAGCUGACAGUCAACUACCUUAAGACACAACAGCAACGGCGUCUAGGCACCGGCUCAUCUACGCCCACCGCCACGCCCACUUCGCCGCCGCCAUCUCAAUUGAACUUUGACAAAUUUCGUGCCGGCUACACGCAGGCCGCGUACGAGGUCUCCCACAUAUUCUCCACGGUGCCUGGCGUCGAUCUCCAGUUCGGCACGCAUCUCAUGAAGCAGCUGGGCCACCAGCUCAAGGAUAUGAAGCAGCAGCUGAGCAGCCCAGUGCCCAGCGAACAAGCCAGCGAGCCCGUCAACCUGGCCAACGGCAACGAACAGCGCUCCACAUCACCUCAGGAGAAUCUCGACAAGGGCGAGGAUGUCUGGCGACCCUGGUGAAGCGCCCGCUGAAGCCAACCCCCAAGCUUUAUAACUAACAUUUGCACAUUGAGAGCUUUAUUCCUCUGGUUUUAGUUUGUAAGAUCUAACCGAGUUUUCCAAGGUUUACUGCAAGCAUUUGCCCAAGUUUAGAUACAUACGAUAUGAUGUGAUGUUCCUGUGAUAGUUUUUAAGUGCGUUUAUUAGUAUUUGAUCUCCGGUAGAAAAUAAUACCAAUGCUUGUUAACAUAAUUUAUUUUGAUUUCGAUUCACACUGAGCUUCCCAUAUUGAGCUUCCACUUAGA